CCGGCUUGGUGUCGCCUCUGCCAACGUUUGAGUUUUUUUUCUGGCCACGCUGGCUGUAUUGUGUGUGCUUGAAGUACAUUUCAAUUUCUUCCAUUUAUUUACCAUAUCAGCUUAUACACAAAUAUUACACGAACUUCACGGAGAGUCACAAGUAACCGCCUUCAAAUAAGUGCACACAAAAAAAAACCGGUUAGUUCCCAAUUGGAUUUUAAGCGCCUUUAACAACGCUGGAAAAGAAUUUGUGGCAAAGCUGGGAAGUAUUCAUUGGCUGGACAGAGGCAACGAAAGCCCUUGAUAUAAAUAGACAACGGAACUAAUAUAGCUGAAGUGAAGUGCUUGUGCUGAGACAGCCAAAAAAAAAAAGAAAAAAGAGAAGAAAAUACACAACGAAAAGUUGUGGGCAUUAGCUAACCACAGAAACCCAAAGCAAACCACUCAAAACGGUAUUUUAAGACAAGGAUCGACCCGAACGCACACGCACAAAGCGACAUGUCGGAUACAACAUCGUUUGAAAUGGCCUCGGUCGACCGGCCCAACCGUUUCCAAGUGAAUCCCGUUAACCAUCACAAGAACAACAAUGACAACAACGAGGACCGCAAAUCACACGCACCGCCAGCCGACGAGGUCUACCGCAGGCUGACCAACAUCGAUGGCGAGCUCCUCGAGGAUGACACUUUCGAUGCGACACAAUUGUUGAACAAACAGCAGCCCAGGCAACAGAGGCAAUCCAUCAAGAGUAGUUUUCGCGAUAAGGAUAAGCCCUCGCGCUUUAAGGACUUGCAGACGACGACGCGCUUUCAAGUGGAGCCACAGAAUGAAGAAUCGGAUGGUUCGAAUGAUUCGCAGGAGGAGCGUGAGCUGCUGGACAAUGAAUACGAUACAAAAUAUGGCAAAAGUUUUCGGCAUUUUACGCGCGAGGCUCUGCCACGUCUGGAUAAUUAUCGCAACAUGAUGUCCAUACAGGCCGCCUACCGUCCAACGCUCGACGAGCUGCACAACGCAACGCUGGUGGGGAAAAACACGCACAGCCUACAACGCAACCGGGACCCGGAGGCGGACAACACGAACGGGCAGGUCAAAUUUGGCUGGAUCAAAGGUGUACUCAUACGAUGCCUGCUGAAUAUAUGGGGUGUAAUGCUUUUUCUGCGCCUCAGCUGGGUCGUGGGCCAGGCGGGCAUCAUCGAGGGCUUCAUUCUAAUACUGACAACGACCGCUGUCACGACCAUAACAGCGCUGUCAAUGUCGGCGAUAAGCACGAACGGCGUCAUCAAAGGCGGUGGCACCUACUACAUGAUAUCCCGCUCCCUGGGCCCCGAGUUUGGCGGCUCCAUUGGUCUCAUUUUCUCGCUGGCAAACGUCGUCGCCUGCGCCAUGUACGUGGUUGGCUUCUGCGAGUCUCUGCAGGCCAUGAUGCAGAGCUUGGAUGUGUCUAUCGUUGAUGGUGGCGUCACGGACGUGCGCAUUGUAGGCAGCACGACCAUUUUGCUGCUGUUGAUUAUCGUUGUGGUUGGCAUGGAGUGGGAGGCCAAGGCGCAAAUCGGUCUGCUUAUAAUUUUGCUGGCUGCUAUUGCCGACUUCGUCAUUGGCAGCCUAAUUGGGCCCAAGAACGAGGGAGAGCGGGCCAAGGGCUUCAUCGGCUACAAUGCAACGCUGUUCCACACAAAUCUGUUUCCGGACUACCGCACGGAGGGUUACGUCAGUCACGAUUUCUUCUCGGUAUUUGCCAUCUUCUUCCCAGCCGCCACGGGCAUUCUGGCGGGCGCCAACAUUUCGGGCGACUUGAAGGACCCCCAAAAAUCUAUACCCAAAGGCACCAUUCUGGCCAUCGUUAUCACAACAGCCACCUACAUGUUCAUGGUUCUGAUCUGCGGAGGCACUGUGGCUCGCGACGCCACCGGCUAUGUGGUGGAUGCUCUGAACGGUUCCUUCGCAUUUUUAAACUGUUCCUCAACGUCCACAGGUACUUGCCUCUAUGGAUUGCAGAACUCGUUUCAGGUAAUUGAGUUAGUGUCUGGCUUUGGGCCUCUCAUCUAUGCCGGUUGCUUUGCUGCUACAUUGUCAUCAGCUUUGGCCAGUUUGGUUUCCGCUCCGAAGGUUUUCCAGGCUUUGUGCAAGGACGAGCUGUAUCCAAAAAUAGUUUGGUUCGCAAAGGGUUACGGCAAAAACAACGAGCCAGUGCGUGGCUAUGUCCUAACUUUCCUGAUAGCCAUGAUCUUCAUACUCGUUGGCGACCUUAACUCGAUUGCACCGCUCAUCUCUAACUUCUUCCUGGCUGCAUAUAUGUUAAUCAAUUUCAGCACAUUCCAUGCCAGUCUGGCCAAGCCCGUCGGCUGGCGGCCAACAUUCAAGUAUUAUAACAUGUGGCUGAGCCUCUUGGGCUCCAUACUGUGCGUAGCGGUCAUGUUUUUAAUUUCGUGGGCCACUGCACUCAUAACCUUCUGUGCGGUGCUGGCGUUGUACUUAAUUGUUGCCUACCGCAAGCCGGAUGUCAACUGGGGCUCCACCACUCAGGCGCAGACGUACAAGAACGCGCUGAUGUCCGUGCAGCAGCUGAACAACGUAGAGGAUCAUGUCAAGAACUAUCGCCCGCAGAUACUUGUACUGUCCGGCCUGCCCAACACCCGGCCGGUUCUGGUGGACUUUGCCUAUAUGCUGACGAAGAAUCUCUCCCUGCUGGUCUGUGGACAUGUGCUGCGCGGCUCCGGCUCGCAGAAGUACCGUAACUACCUGAAGGAGCGCGCCUCCAACUGGUUCCAGAAGCACCGCGUCAAGGGCUUCUAUGCCCUCAUCGAUGGCGAGGACUUUGAGGCUGGCACCCGCGCCCUCAUGCAGGCGACGGGCAUCGGCAAGCUGAAGCCCAACAUUAUACUCAUGGGCUACAAAACCGACUGGCAGACGUGCGAGCGCAAGGAACUGGUGCAAUAUUUCAAUGUCAUGCACAAAGCAUUGGAUAUGUACCUCUCGGUGGCCAUAUUGCGCGUGCCCCAGGGACUGGAUUGCUCUCAGCUGCUGGGCUCUCCGGACAGCAAUUGGACGACAGCCAACUGUAGUCUGGAGGUGCCGCGCACCCUGCAGCCCAAUGAGAGCUCCAACGAUUUGCAGGCCAGCGAGGCGCGCCAUGCUCUCAGUGGCAGCGUGGACUCCUUGAGUCGCAAUGUAUCUCAGGAUGCCGCCAACAAGUUGGCUCCCCCUGGCAAUGGCCUGAAAUUUGUAAAAAUACGGUUCAAGCAAAGCCUAUGUAGAAUACGCUCUUGGGCAGGUGGUGUUGAGUCAUCCAGUACGAGUGACUUAUCAUUCAUAGCAGGCAGCCAGGUGAAGGAGGUCUCCGGAUUGCCCGAUCCCCUGGAUGCCAAGACCACAAAUGAGCUGCCCAAUACACUGAGGAAAUCGAAAGCGAAACACGACGAUCCCGUCUCGCUCUAUAGAGGACCAGGCGGUGUGGAGCUACCCAAGGAUGUGCUGGCUGACUUGACUCAAUUUACGCGAAAACGCAGCCACGCCGUCAUCGAUGUCUGGUGGUUGUACGACGACGGAGGGCUCACCUUGCUGCUGCCCUACAUCAUAAGCACACGGCGCACCUGGCAAUCAUGUAAAUUGAGGGUCUAUGCGUUGGCGAACAAGAAUUCAGAAUUGGAGUUUGAGCAACGUUCGAUGGCCAGUUUGCUGUCAAAGUUUCGCAUUGAUUACUCUGAUCUAACAUUAAUACCCGACAUCACCAAGAAGCCGCAGGAGACAUCCACGCAGUUCUUCAAUGAACUGAUUAAGGACUUUGUUGUGGGCGAUAAGGAGAAUGGCCACAGCAGCAAGGCGACGCUGAAUGAGGACGAAGCUCUCAUUAGUGACGAUGAUUUGCUGGCCGUGGUGGACAAGACGAAUCGCUACCUGAGGCUGCGUGAGUACCUGCGGGAGCAGUCAACCAAGUCGGAUCUCGUGGUAAUGACGCUGCCGAUGCCACGCAAGAACAUCGUCUCGGCACCCCUCUACAUGGCCUGGCUGGAGAGCCUCAGCAGGGACAUGCCCCCCUUUCUAUUUGUGCGGGGCAAUCAGACGAGCGUACUCACCUUCUAUUCGUAGGCGCAGAGUGCGCCCCUUAUGUAUUUUUGCUUAUAACCGAAAACACACUCUUCUUAGUUGUACAAGUACAAGAAUUUGAUGUUAUUCUAGUUGUACCAUAAUUGUAUUUAUAUUUAUAUAUAGACAUACAAACGUAUUCGCGCAACCUCCAAUCCCAACUCCAUGACGCACACAGACGAUUAAAUUUUAUGCCGACUUGUAUACAUUCCUCCUUUUGUAUUAUAUUUGGGAAGAAAUUCCUAAAAAGAUA